AGCGACGCUAUUGGUCGACCGUUCUAACAUCAAGCGUGAUAGAAAUAUUUCUCUCGCAGUCUAAGAAAUAGAGGGAGACAGAGACAGUAGACUCAGGAAACACAUUCAGGUCUGUUUUCAAAACCUCUGGAGGAGAAAGAAAGAAAGGAGAGUUCAGAAAGAAAGAAAGACGGGUAAAGGAGGAGAGGGAGACAAUAGGAAGGUGGACUAAUUAACUUCUGACUCCUGAGGGCUGUGGAGAUUUUUGCUUAAGAGCAGGAGUGAUUUCAAAAUCAUAGUAACUGCGUCUCAACAUGUAGAUGUUCUGCAGGUUUCUGCUUAAAUUUUCGCCCUCACAUUUGAAAUUUGUUCAACCUGCAGCAACAACUGUCAGCAGAGACAAAUCUGAAUGUUUUUGGAGAAACCUGAGGGAUGCGUCUGAGAGAAUUCUGACAUGGUGCCGACCCAAAUUGACAGAGACGAGGAAAGAGUGGACUGUUCAGUGGCAGACACGUCUCCAACCAGAUACAGAGCAACAGAUGAACCGAAAGCCAUACGACAAACUACUGACCUAUCACAAGCCAUAACCAUCUUAGACAAUAAUCCUUUCUGAAACGCAGUGCUGUGCGUACUAUCGACGAGAAUCCUGUGCUUCUGCUGAGAGCGUGUCAGUCGGACACUUUGUGGUUUAGCAUUACUGUGAGAGAAAAAAGAAAUGUGUGGGCUUUGUCGAAAGAGAAACUACAGGGAGGAGGAGGAGGAGACAGACAUUUUGCCUGUCAGAGACUGAAAAGAGGAGCAUCAGGCCAACAACAGACAACUGUGGCUGUGAACAGACAUAUGAGUGCUUCCUAAAUCAAAGCGAGGAAGGGGGUCACCCCGCUGUCAGAGAAGAGACAAAGACACAGCAUGAGUGGAAGUGGAAGCCACAGUUCAAGCUGAUUAUUGAUUGUUACUAAAAGUGAGUGCUUUACCUACCUGGACAAAACAGUCUCAGCCUGCGUCAGAGGGAGCAGACAGUUAGCUCCUGUAAAGGGAAGAGGGAGAGGGAGCAAUAGCCACAGAGGCAGAGAGCAGAGGGGAGGGGGGUUCCCUUUCUCUCUCUCGACCCGUCUCGUUGUCAGGCUGGCUGGAACAGCCAUGGCGUUCACCUUUGCGGCCUUCUGCUACAUGCUCACCUUGGUGCUGUGCGCCGCUCUCAUCUUCUUUGUCAUAUGGCAGAUCAUCGCAUUUGAUGAGCUUCGCACUGACUUCAAAAACCCCAUUGAUCAGAGCAAUCCCACCAGAGCGAGGGAAAGAAUCCUCAACAUUGAAAGAAUCUGCAACCUGCUCCGCAGAUUGGUGGUACCGGAGUACUCCAUCCACGGGCUCUUCUGCCUGAUGUUCAUGUGCGCUGGGGAGUGGGUCACACUUGGCCUAAACAUCCCACUGCUCUUCUACCAUCUGUGGAGGUUCUUCCACCGGCCAGCUGACGGGUCAGAGGUCAUGUAUGAUCCCGUCAGCGUGAUGAACGCCGACAUUCUCAACUACUGCCAGAAGGAGUCCUGGUGUAAGCUGGGAUUUUAUCUGCUGUCUUUCUUCUACUAUCUCUACAGCAUGGUCUAUGCCUUGGUGAGCUUCUAACAUGCAGGAGGUCAGGAGGGAAGAAAGGAAAUAUCUGUGAGAAAGACCCAGAAAAGAAAAGUGAAUGGAGACAUCAACUCUUCCUCUCUCCAUGUAUCCCUCCCUUCACUGGCUCGGACAAAACAAGAAGACCAAUCUGAGUGAUAAUGUGAAUGUAAAGGUGUCGCCUCCGCUGCCGACGGGCAGCUGGACAGAGUUUAGAAGGAUGGAAGUGAAACAGAAAGAGGAUGUUUGUGUUGCCUUUGACCCAUUCUUUGAUUUAACAAUAUGAAGGGCUGGAGUUUUCCCAUGCUGCUCUUACUGAUCCAGUCGCUCAACUCACUGUGAACCUCCAAACUCUUAGGGGCUGGAUAACGAAAUAAUACGUCUGUAUUCUUUGAGUUUUCAAAACGCUCUCAAAGCAGAAUUGUUUUGGUUUUACUCCAUGUAUUUAAGCUGAUAGACACGUCUGAUAUAAAACAACUGCUUUGACUGUGUUACAGGAACAUCAAACUGAAAAAAAUAAAAACAGGUUAAAUUGUGCAGGAGAACUUUAAAGCACUGUAAGAAAAACAGAAGGUGAAGCAGGGAAAUAAAAGACUGAUGUGUGCACACACGCUUUGAACCAGGAUGAAGAUGAAGCAUAGACCAACGCCACAUUUUGCUCACGCCAACCUCGGCCAAGAGUCAAACUGAAACAACAAGGAAUUAAUCAUAAGUUUGACGUUAACAGUCAAUGCUUGUAACGUGCAUUCAACAUAAGUAUGUCCAUAGCUGUGAGGACGUAUUUUAUGCUACAUUCUAGGUUCAUGCUUUCUGAAGAGCUUCACGCUCAGACAUAUAAUGCCAAAAGUUUAUAUCUGAAAAACAUUGUGCCAAAUUUCAAAAGUCAAUGAGGAGAAGAAUGAUGAGGCUAGAGAGAGUGUGCAGGAUCUUCAUGUGCACGCCGAGGCCUCGUUUUCACUCAUUAACACGUUUCAUUUGGCGCAAUGUUUUUUUUUUACUUGAGAAAAAAGAAAAAAAAAACUUAGUUCUGUCGUAUCUUUGUGUGCAGGGAGCGCCUUAUUCCUAUUUCCAGUGAAGUUUACUCUUAGUCAUCUGCAUUUAUACUAUAGUCAUUCAGUCAUUUUAGCACAGCAACUUUUCUCUAUGAUAUGAGGUAGAAUGUAGAAAUCUCAUGUACAAAAAGCAAUUAAAAACAGCAAACUAGCAAUGUAAUAUGAUUCAUGAGACAUAUCGAUGCGGUGUUAUUAAGUGUAUGUAACAACAGUGAGUAGGACGCAGGUGACAGAUGAGACAAUAAUGACUCUAUGACACUGUCUCAGUAAUUUCAGAAGUGUAAAGCCGGUGAAGUCAUCUCAAUACGUCUGCAGUCAUAUAUCACAGUUUCAAGGGACACGUGUGAGACGACGCUCAAAGCCUUUCCUCAGCUGGUGCUGCCUUUGCCAUGAUGUGUUCAUAAGUUUGAUCUAUUUGUAGAUAAGUGAUGGUUCCCGUGUGAUUUUCAGUAAAAAAAAACAAAAAAACAAACAAAACAAACAAAAAAACAAACAUUAACCCUGGAGCCUGAGAACAAACUGCCAUGUUUGUCACACACCGGCUCCACGUGUAGUACAUGGUGGUGAUGACAUGUCUGGUACUUUAACUGUGGAACUCACAUGUGUUGAAGUCAUUUCUAUUAUGUUAAAAGACUAAAAUUCACACCUUAACAUGAGCUCACAUGAUGAACACUGACAUUCAGGACUUUUAUUCUUCUUAAAUGGGCAAAAUAUGUAUUCAUUUAUAAAUCAUUUUGCUGUACAUGAGUGUAUUAGCAAGAUAUGAAACUACAUUUUCACUGGAAGCACAUAUGGGUGCUGAUAUUAACUGAAUAAAACAUCAUUAUAAAGAGCAAAUCUCAUAAGAAAAACUAAAACCAACAUGUUAGUGCAUCUGUUCCUGACUCCUCCACCCAGUCUGUGGCACAUACUCUGUUCUACUGAAGAUGUAAGUCUUUAAAAACACUUCACACAUCACAAACAUAUUGUUCAAUAUGCUUAAUAACUUCCUGAAAUCACUUGGUGUUUUUAACAAACACAGUGCACUUCUUGGGGACUAUUUUCAGCGGCGGAAUAAUGCACAUUUGUCACACCAGUUUUUAUGGCAGCAGGACAGUGUAUCAGAAAACCACAGUGCACGUGCUUUUGCUACACAGGGACGAUCAAUUUAAUGUUGGUUUUGGUCUUUUUCAUCAGAUCUGUUGACAAGGAGAAAAAUAUGGAAUAUCUCCAGACUCAUCCUUUAAAUAAAAGUUUGAUUCCCAAUAUAAAACAUAACAAAAAUAUGCAUACAAUACUUUCAAAAUGAUCUAAAUUCAUCUGAUUGACAAGGUACAUUUUGAAAUGCUGCACACUCCAGGAAGCUUCUUUUCUUUUACUAAAAUAAAAUGUCAUGAGGCGUCUGUAUCAGGAUUUCAAACCAUGUCAGUAUGUGACAGAACCUCCCUGAUUUCUACAGAAAUUAGAUCCCACUCAAUUAGGAACCUCUGUAAUAGAGCUACACACACACACACACACACACACACACACACACACACACACACACACACACACACCUCAUCUGUCAUUCACAGUCCAUUUCAUAUCAAGUACAAAUGGAGGGUAAGGGGAAGAAACUCAACCUGGUUCUAUGAUUUGAAUUUCAACCAUUUACUUGACUGAAGCAACUUUAAUAGUCUGUCAGAGUUCAUGAAGACAAAGUCGACAGUACAUGUUGUGCCAAAUGACGUUCCCAUGAAUGACACUGAGACCUCAAAACUCUGCCAACGAUGUGAGUGUGUUGAGUCUGGACAAUCACUAUAAAAGCACAGGACCACGAGGAAAAGGAGGAGAAGUGCAGCUCGGUUGAAUGUCAUUAUGUAGUUGCUCUAAACAAAGCAUUUUAGAAAAAUGUAUUUAAGUAUAUCUAUUUGUAUCUGUCUUUUAUACAUUUAUCAUUAAUGUACGCUACAGUAAAUUUGGUGGAUUACUUUAUAUUUAUUAGGUUACAUGAUGAUGUACAGCGAUUUCUCAUGCAGUAUUCUAAUAAAACAGUAAUGCCAAAAUGAUCAUCUAC